GACAGCCAUCCAUCUUGCUGCAGCGUUUAAUCACGUGACCAUUGUAGAGAGACUUUUGUCUUGUUCUGUUCCUGUUGAUAUCAAUGCUAAAGAUGGUCGUACACCACUGUGGUAUGCUGUCCAUAACGGUCAUGUGUGUUGUGUUGAUGAUCUCCUAAAACAUGGAGCGAGUCCCCAACAUGAGAGUAAGAGGAGAUCACCACUGGAGAUUGCCAAGAAAGAGGGUCACAGUGAUGUGUUGAGAUGAUGGAAGAAGCCAUAAGAUUGAGAUCUCAUUCCGAUCUGGAGGGGCAUGUGUCUAUCAUGAAACAUUAAUAUGAAGAGACAGUAAUGUGACUUUUUCAUCUCUAGUUGUCUGUUUCCCAGGUUGUGCUUGUGUUGCAUAGAUUGCUGGACUGCAGAGUGAAGUGGAGAAGAUGAAGGAAGAAUUAAGACAAUCAUCCCUGGUCCAUGAGAGUGAAGUGACGAGGUUAACAACCAAGAUCCAAGAGAAAGAUUAGGAAAUGAGAUGUCUCGUGUCUGCUCUUGCUACUGUUAGCAGAAUGGCAAGCGAGAAAGUUGGUGAAGGUCACACGUCUUGUGCCGAGUAUCACAUGUUGUCACAAGCGGCAGCAGGAACGGCAAAUCAACUGACUCCGAUGUUGGUAGCAAACAGCAGAUGUACGGAGCGAGAGAUGGUGGCUGUAGCUCAUAAAGUUCGUCCUUAUUGGCAGGAAUUUGUUUCAUUUCUCUGUCCAUCCUUGUUUGCAGUGGAUGAGAUAAGAGUUAUAGAACGUGAAACUGCAGACUUAUUUAUUCAAAGCAGAAGAGCAUUGGACAAGUGGGCCAAUCACUUUGCUGCUCAAGCCAAUCGUCGGUUAAUAAUACAGACAUUGUGUGACAUUGGACGAACCAGUCAAGCAGUAGAUGUUUUUGGUCGUGAGUUGGUGGAGAAUGUCUGUCCACCCAAAUGAUUGUGUUUGUAAUGCUUGAUGCAUUUUGCUAUGUAUUUUAGUGUUUAGUGCUUUUUCUAGAUUACAAU